GACCCAGCCCCAAGUCCUUUCAAUCUCUGCAACCAGUUGCAGAAGCUCAAUGACUACAUUUUCUGUGGACGAAAUUACCCCUAUCAACAAGGGGAAUUUACCAUCUCUUCUUGCAUGGUCUUGAUCUCUAGGGUUUUGAGGCCAUGAGGAAAGGGGACCUUAUGAGCUGAGGCAGAGACAAUGAUUUUAACAAAGCAGUAUCGUUGCAUACACUCAGCAAGUUGUGCAUGCACAAAAGGGCAUCUGAGUGAAGAUGUGAUUUUCCUGGUUUUUCAACAACUUAACUGGAACCCUAAGUUGAUUGCCACUCUGUCUUGCACAUGCAAAUGGUUUGAUGACCUUGCUAAGAGAGUACUUUGGAAGGAGUUUUGUCGGGCAAGAGCACCAAAGAUGAUGCUUGAUCUACAAUCUAGUGGGAGUCACAGUGUUGAUGGGAACUGGAGAGCACUUGGGAAGCUGCUUAUCUACUGUUCAGGGUGUACCAAGGGUGGCUUGUUUAAUAGCAUUCAAAUCCCCGGUCACUUUGUUUACCGAACACGGUUCUCUAGGACAUCAGGGAAGAGUUUUCUUUUACCUCAAUGCCGAACAGAUGUCUUAUAUGUGUCUGACCCUUGUGAGCAUCUUGACCAAGGGGAGGAGGGGGAUGUGGGGUUCUUCCGGGGGGUUUUCAAGUCAUUUUCUAUGUCAAAGGUUCGAAAGAUGCUGAUCAAAAAGGGUGCCCAGCUUCAUCCAACAGAGGUGUGUCCUUACUGUAAGGCAAAGCUGUGGAGCAUGCUUCAGGCUAAAAUGAUACCGCAGAGUGCCAGCUGCAGAUUGGGCGCUUAUGAGGAUUGCAUUGAGUACUAUGUGUGCCUCAACGGACAUAUGCUGGGGAUCUGCACUCUCUUACCUUUAUCAGACUCGGAAGAGGCAUCUGAGUAGGAGUGGUAGUGGGGAUGGAGACCAGUCGUCUAAUCAUCCCAAAUGUGGGUUAGCCUGUCAAGUCAUUUUGUGUUUAGUGGAAGCUGAAGUCAACGACCCCUAUUUCAUCUGAAGUUUUUGAGCACGCUGCUUCCCAAUCUGGCCUGGUCAAAUGCCUUUUAGCCAAGGGUUAGAAGAUACUGCUAACCAUUUCUUGCUCUUGUCCUUUACUUAAAUCAAAGUUACUGUGAACCAUGUAAUUCUAUGUGCAUUGUCGUAUGCCCUAUAUGUGUAUCUGAAUAUGGUAGAUUGGUUUCUGCAAUUAUCAGGACACUUUUUUUGUCUUAUUUAUUGUGAUUAAUCAGUUGUGUAAUCUGUCUACUUUGCAUGAAUUUCUAGACAAAUUUCACCCAUCCGAGAGCAUGGUACUUUUUUAGACAUUCUUGACAUGUGGAGAAAGAGUAAAGUCGCUUCACUUCUCUAUUGAUUCAUCAAUGCUCUGAGUUGGAAGGGCAGGAACUAAAAUGAGAUUCACACUCCUGGGUCUGGGAACUACUGAAAUUUCUUCCUCUUUAUCUAGUUGGCCUUAUAUUGUAUUUGAUUUUCUAGCUGUUCUUCCCUCCAAAAGAGAGGUCCUUCAGGGAAUUGACUGACUCCUUUGUGAUUCGUUGGAAGACUUCUGCAGCUCAUUCUCUAGCCUUUGGACAAAGAGUGUGAAAUCGAUCUAGUAGGAAGAACACCUCUCCUGUUAAUAAAGCAAAUGAUACCCACUUCCAGUUCUGUAUCUGAGAAUAUUAAACAUUGGGAAUCUUUUUCUGUAUGUUUCUCGUGUUACAUGGCGAAUUCUUUGGGCAUUGAA